UAAAUUUUUAAAAUUCUCUAUGGAAAGUAGUUAAAAAGGGGCCUAAUUCAGAGACUGGAUGUUGUAGUUCAUGGAAAACUACUUCUUUUUGCCCUUUUUUUUUUCCCCCAAAAAUUGUUUUAGAAAACUAAACCAAAUAUGCUUUUAAGUAAGGAACUAGAGAAUAGUCUUGAAAAAAAAAAAAAAAGAAAAAAAAAAAAAAAAAAGGUGCAGAUAACCAUUUCAACAACUAAGAACCAAAUUUGGCAUCCUAUCCUUCUUACUUAACCAUCCUGGUUAGUGGUUACCCUAUCUGAUCUAUAAAUAAGGAUCCUCAUAGAGCAAAUGUAGCAGAAAAAAACUCGAGUAAAAAUGGGAGAGAAACAAUAUGAAGGCCAUGUAGUAGUACUCCCUUAUCCAAGCCAAGGCCACAUAAAUCCUCUCCUCCAAUUUGCAAAGCGCUUAGCCUCCAAUGGUGUCAAAGCUACACUAGCCACAACCCAUUACACAGUCAAGUCCAUUUGGGCACCAAACGUCGAGGUUGUGCCCAUCUCUGAUGGGUUCGACGAGGGUGGCUUUGCUCAGGCCGGAAAUGAGGAUGUGUACUUGAAGUCAUUCAGAGCCAAUGGCUCAAGAACUCUAUCCGAACUCAUUCAGAGGUACAAAAACUCUAGCUCCCCAGUCAAUUGUGUCGUGUAUGAUUCGUUUUUUCCAUGGGCUCUAGAUGUUGCUAGGCAACAUGGAAUAUAUGGGGCAUCAUUCUUCACGAACUCAGCCACAGUAUGUACCGUGUUUUGUCGCAUACACAAUGGUGCACUUACUCUCCCGGUGAAGAUGGAGGACACGCCCCUGCUGCUACCCGGCCUGCCUCCAUUCAACCUUCCUGACUUGCCCAGUUUUGUCAAGGCUCCUGAGAGCUACCCUGCUUACUUAGCAAUGAAAUUGAGCCAGUACUCCAACUUGGAAAAGGUUGAUUGGAUAUUUAGCAACACCUUCGAGGAAUUAGAAGGCGAUGCUGCAAAAGGCGCAUCAGAGCAGUGGCCAGCAAAGUUGAUUGGCCCGAUGGUGCCAUCAGCCUACUUGGAUGGCCGAAUUGAAGGGGACAGAGGAUAUGGAGCAAGUCUGUGGAAGCCACUAAGCGACGAGUGCAUCAAAUGGCUAAAAACAAAGCCAUUUGAGUCGGUGGUCUACGUUUCUUUUGGAAGCAUGGUUUCAUUGUCAGCAAAGCAGAUGGAAGAGAUCGCGUGGGGUUUGAACGGAAGCAAUUUGCAUUUCCUGUGGGUGGUGAAGGAGUCGGAGCGCCAUAAGUUGCCGGAUGAGUUCAUAAACUCAACAAAAGAAAAGGGUCUCAUUGUGACAUGGUGCAACCAGCUAGAAAUGCUGGCUCACAGAGCCGUUGGCUGCUUUGUGACGCAUUGUGGCUGGAACUCAACACUUGAAGGGCUGAGCCUUGGCGUGCCGAUGGUAGGAGUGCCACAGUGGGCAGACCAAAUGACUGAUGCUAAGUUUAUAGAGGAGAUAUGGGGUGUGGGGGUCAGAGCUAAAGAGGAUGAGAAGGGAAUUGUGAGAAGAGAAGAGCUUGUGUGGUGUUUGGAGGAAGUGAUGGAAGGGAAGAGAAGUGUUGAGAUUAGGAGGAAUGCCAGUAAAUGGAGUGAGUUGGCUAAGGAAGCAGUUAGUGAAAGAGGGAGCUCAGACAAGUGCAUUAGUGAAUUUGUGGAGCAUUUGAAGGGUUCUAAGAAGAAAGGGGAGGGAAGGUACCUAAAUGGUCACACUUAGUGUUGGAAAUAAGUUUUUCUGCAUUUAAGAAUUUGUCCUCUGUGGAUUUUCUUUACUUCCAUCUGUUAUUGGGGAUUUCUUUCUCUCCUUUUUAUUUAUUCUUUUUUUUUUUUU